AUGAAAGUAUUAACUCCUAUGAUGAGGCAAUACUUUGAAAUUAAAAAUCAACAUCCCGACAAGUAUAUUUUUUUCCGCUUGGGUGAUUUUUAUGAAAUUUUUAGCGAAGAGGCCGUUGAAGUUUCUAAAAUCUUAAAUAUCACUCUCACUAAGAGGAAUAACAUUUACAUGUGUGGUUUCCCGCACCAACAACUCCAUCAUUACACUCAAAAGGUGAUCUCCAAAGGCAAGAAAAUUGUCAUUGUCGAACAAAUGGAAAAACCAGAAGACUCUUCUCAAAAAUUAGUUGAAAGGAAGGUUUCACAAAUCAUCACACCCGGGACAACCUUGGAUGAUUUUAAUUUGUUGGAAAAAGAAAAAAACUUUAUUAUUCACCUUUCCUUUAAUGAAGCGGCUUUGAAUCUUUUAGUUUCUACCCAUUCCUAUUUUUUGGUUGCUCUUGAUAUUUCAACGGGUGAAACGAUCUUUGUUAGUUUACAAGACAAGCAGGAUUUGGAAAACGAAAUCGAUAGAUUUUUUGAAAACUAUUCUCCUAAGGAAGUUAUUCUUUUCAAAGAGGACGAAACAGGUGGAUCUCAAGAGAGUUUUUAUAAUAUAGAAAAAAUCAAAAAUAAUUAUCCGAAUGCGAUUAUUAACUACUUGGAUAAACCAGACCAUGCCACCAUAACUAAUCGUCUUAACAGGGUUUUUUCGAAAACCCCGUUAGAUUCUCAAGACUCUCAAGAAAAUGAUUCCUCAUCAUCUCCAUUAAGUAAUUUUUGGAGCGAUCCUCAAUAUCCCGAUUAUCCUCUCGCUCAAGGAUUGUGCCUCUUACUUAACUAUGCUGAAAGCAACCAAAAUGAAAUCAUCACCUAUUUACAGAAACCCAAAUGGAUAUCCAAGAAAAACUACAUGGCAUUGGAUUUCCAAACACUAGUCCACUUGGAAAUUUUUAAAAACAACCUUGAUCACACUUCAAAAUACAGUUUAAUUUCCGUUAUUGAUUACACUCUUACUUCAAUGGGAGCACGAAAACUCCAAGAAUCGAUUGCCCUGCCAUCUCUUAAUGCCGAACUCAUCAAUUAUCGCCUUGAUCAAACCGAGUAUCUCUACCUUCACCCCCAUACACUUAAGGAGAUUCGUAGUCAAUUAAAGAACAUUUCCGAUUUGGAAAGGAUAGGGUCUCGCAUUGUUUUAAAAAAAGUUUUACCAAGGGAAUUCAUCUCUUUAAAGCAAUCUCUUAGAUGCAUUCAUCAACUUUUUUCAUUAGUACUGGGGAAAAAUCCUAAUCUACUUGUGUCUUCACUCAACCAUAACAUUCAACUUUUUGAAAAAAUGAUGCCAGUACUUCUUCAAUUGAUUAAGAGGAUUGAUGAUUGUUUGGUCAGCUCGCCUGGUAAUGACUUUCAAAAAGGUGGCAUUGUUAAACCCGACAUUGACCCUAAACUUAGCGAAUAUUUUCUUAUUAAGAAAAAUUCCGAGGAACUUCUUAGCCAAUUAGAAGCAAAAGAAAGACAAAAAAGUACUAUAACCAAUUUAAAAAUAAAAUAUAACGGUAACCUAGGCUUCUUCUUUGAAACUCGCAAGCAUAACUUAAAAAAUAUUCCAGAAUAUUUCAUUCCUAAACAAAGUUUAGUCAAUUGUGAAAGAUUUACGACGAAAGAGCUCAUUAAGCUUGAGGGGAAAAUUAUAGAAGCAACGGAAAAAUCUUGCGCGUUAGAAAAAGAAAUUUUCAUGGGAUUAAGAGAUGAAAUUGCUAAACAAGUAGGACUUUUUCAAUCGAUUGCUUCCUCCAUUGCGGACAUUGAUUUAAUUGCUAGUUUUGCUGAAUUAGCAGUGACGAAAAAUUAUGUGAAACCUCAGGUGAUUAAUGAAGGAAUGUUGUGUAUUAAAGGAGGACGCCAUCCUGUCAUUGAAGAGCAUAUUCGAGAACCUUUUAUCCCUAAUGAUUUGGAGAUCGGAAAUGAGGAAAAUACAAUUGAAAUUAUAACGGGACCGAACAUGUCUGGGAAGUCAACAUUCCUGCGACAGAACGCUAUCAUUGUUAUCCUCGCUCAAAUUGGAAGUUUUGUUCCCGCUCAAUCAGCCGUUAUUCCUAUUUGUGAUAACAUUUUCUCUCGUAUCGGAUCGGGGGAUCGCUUAGUGCAAGGAGAAUCAACUUUUUUUGUGGAAAUGAAGGAGACAACUAACAUCCUUAGAAAACUGACAUCGAAAAGCUUAAUCAUCAUGGAUGAAAUAGGACGCGGAACCAGUACCUAUGAUGGGAUCGCACUCGCAUGGAGUCUGAUUGAGCACCUUAAUGAGGAAGGGCGAAAACCCAAAACUUUGUUUGCCACCCACUACCAUGAACUUAUUGUACUUAGUGAAAAAAAGGGUAUCUCACACUACCAUGUAACUGUUAAAGAAGAAGGAGAAGAAAUCAUUUUUCUUAAAAAAGUUAUCAAAGGGAUGGCUUCCAAGUCUUACGGUAUCCACGUUGCUAAAUUGGCAGGAAUGCCAUUUCCAGUUAUUCAAAGGGCUCAUGAAAUACUUCAUCGAUUGGAAAGCAAACAGCCCGAAAAAGGAGUGGAUCAAGUUUCUAAAAAUUCUUCUUCAUCUUCUAACCCAAAGCAAUCAAGUAUUCCCACCCCAAUAGAAAAAUCCUUAUUGGAAUUUGAUAUCAAUACAAAAACGCCAUUGGAAGCCAUGCAGUUUUUAUCUGAGUUAAACAGACAAUUAAAGGAUAAACCAAAUAAAAAUAGUUUUUGA